AUGUUUGCCGAUGACACAAAUAUUUCAACCAAUGGCCAGACAAAUGACGAACUACAAGAACGCAUUAACGUGGACUUAGAAAAUGUACACCAGUGGUUACUUGCAAACAAACUUACACUUAACAAAGAUAAAACUGAAUAUAUGAUUAUUGGCUCAAGACAACGAAUUUCAAACUUAGUAACGGACCCUAAAAUUGAACUUGGUGAAUCAGUCAUGAAACGGGUUCACAAAUCAAAAAUUUUAAGCGUAAUUAUUGAUGAACAUCUUUUAUGGAAUCAUCAAAUCCAAAAUACUGUCACAAAAGGUUCAAAAGGAAUAGGAAUCAUGCGACGAAUAAAACAGUUUGUUCCUAAAUCAACCUUA